AUGGCGUCCGUGGCGGUGGCGCCCGUGGCGAAGCGGGUCCUUUGCGAGGGCUGCCAGAGGCCCGUCAAGCUUUGCCUUUGUGAAUGUUUGCCGCCCGAGCCGGUGCAGACACGCACCCGCAUAGUCGUGCUGGUGCACCCGAAGGAGAUGCGGAGGAAGCUCGGCACACUGCCGUUGCUGAGGCUUUGCCUCAAGAACCUCGUCAUCCACGAAGGGGAUUGCUUCCCGGAGCCGGAGGAGGACCCGGAGCUGCACGCGGCGCUGCUGGAAGAGCACCAGCCCAUGUUCUUGUGCCCGGGCCCUGAUGCAGUCGAGCUGUCCGAGGUGCCGGACUCCAAGUCGCUGAUUCUCAUUGAUGGCACAUGGCGCCAGGCCAAGUCCAUGGUCUCGCGCUCCGAGUGGCUGCGGCAACAUGUGCCGCGCGGGGUCAUCAGGCCCCAGGGCUACAGCGGCUACCGCUUUCGAAAGCAGCCAGAGCAGGGCUGCCUCUCGACCCUGGAGGCUGUUGCCGAGGCGCUGCUGGCCCUGGAAGGCCCCAGGGGCCCCGAGCUCAAGGACAUGCUGCUGGCGCCCUUCGCACGCAUGGUCGAAAUGCAGUGCUCCUUCAUUGGAGAUGUGGCGGACAAGAACACGCCUUGCGAGCAGACUUCUUGCCCCUUCGAUCCGGAGGCAGCUCUGAUGCAGCUUCAGGAAAGAGAGGCUGCGGAGGCCAAGCCUGGAGCCGAUGAGGAGGUGUACUGCAUCCUCCGUUGGGGCGAACGAGCCUUGGAGCGGCCGGUGAUCGUCGUGGAACUGAUCCGCUCCUCUUCCAGCGAUGCUGCCAAGAGGCGCGCGCAGGAGCUGUCGCUCGGGCGGCCGAAGGGCAGCCGCUGCUGGUUCCGCCUGCUGUCGCAAGUGCCUCCCGGAGCGCUCUGGGAGGUGCCAGCUGGCGACGCUGGCGACGAGGAGGAAGAGACAUGA